AUGGCAGACGUUAGAGUACCGCCCACGGGCGUCUUCGUCCCGGUCCCGACCUUCUUCCACCCCGCCUCUGCCUCGGCGGGGUCCCUCCAGCCCAAGCUCGACAUCGACACGCAGAUCAAGCACAGCGUGUACCUCGCCAAGAACGGCAUCCGCGGCCUGGUCCUCCUCGGCUCGACCGGCGAGGCCAUCCACCUGAACAGGGCCGAGCGUCAUGACCUCGUCGCGGGCGUCAAGAAGGGCCUCGAGGAGGCCGGCUUCCCCGACUACCCCAUCAUGGCCGGCGUGCUGACGAACGGCAUCGACGAGACGCUCGAGUGGCUCGAGGAUUACGCAAAGGCCGGCGCCCAGUGGGGUCUGGUUCUCGUGCCCGGGUACUUCGGCGCCGCGGCCAGCCAGGAGAACAUCAAGGAAUGGUACACCGUCGUCGCCGAUAAGAGCCCGCUUCCCGUGCUUGUAUACAACUACCCCGGCGUCACGAACAAUGUUCUCGUGGAAGCAGACACGUACAAGGACCUCGCCCAGCACCCCAAUAUCGUCGGUUGCAAGAUGUCCCACGGGAACGUCUCCCUCCACGUCCAGGUAUCCUCGGACCCGCGCAUCGACCACGCCAAGUUCCGCGUCUACAGCGGCUUCGGCCAGCAGCUCGGGCCCAUCGUGCUCUUCGGCGCCGCCGGCGUCAUCGACGCCCUCGCCGCCUUCUACCCCAAGACCGUCUCGCGCCUCUUCGACCUGGCCGAGAAGCGCCCCGUCGAGCAGGGCACCCUCGACGAGGUCCAGCGCCUGCAGUACGCCGUCAGCCGCGCCGAGGAGUUCAUCGGCAAGACGGGCGUCCUCGGCAUCCGCGAGGGCAUCAUCCGGAAGGCGGGCUUCGGCGCCCUCGAGGGCGGUCGGCUGCCGCUCAAGGGACGCCUGCCCGACGGCACGUGGAAGGCGCUGGACUCGCUGUUCUUGGCCGAUAUCGACAAGAUCGAGGCGUCCCUCUAG